AUGGCGACGCGCGCGCGCGAGGACGACGUCGACCACGCGGACGAGAAUCACGACGGCAAUGACGCCCGCGAUGCGCGCGGCGCGCGCGCGUCCACCUCCGGCGGAAGCGACUCCCUCCGCAGCGGCGCGACCGCGGCGGGCCUCGGGUUCAAGUGCGCAAAUUCGUCCGUCUCCUGGCCGAUCGAUGAGCUAUCCGUCUUCGACACCGCGAACAUCGCGGAGUGCCGCGUCUGCGGCGACGUCGACGCGACGGACCGCGGAGACGUGCGCGAGACGUGCGACUGCGGCGAUUUCACGGCGCACGUCCACCAAGGCUGCAUGGCGCGGUGGGUCGAGACCCAAGGGACGCGCUGCGCGUGCGGAAAAUCUUUCCAGAGCGUCGCUCGCGGUCUCAACGGCGGCGACGAGGGCAGCGUGCACAGUGCGCACGUGAGAGAGGUGAUCUUCGACGCGACGUCCAAGCGACGGAGGACGUCCGCGUUCGCGCCGCCCACCGCGGAGGACGAAGACGCGCGGCGCGCGCAUCUGCUCCUCACCGCCGCGUACCUGAGGCUCACGAUGGACGUCCCCAAGCCGGAGGACAUGCGCACGCUUCGAAAGCUCGCGCCGUUUUGCGACGGCCCGUGGAACGAGUUUUUGCGACGACGCGACGAGGGACGGCACCGCGGCGGCGGGCUGUGGAACAAGAUCAAGAAGAAGUUUGGGUUCGCCAACACGUCUCACGGCGGGUUAGACGACGACGCGCGCGUGGGCGACGGGCGGUGGUCGGCGCUCAACGGCGACGGCGAGGAGGGACAGCCGUGCGAGGUGUUCGUGCCGCUGUUCACCCGAGCGCCGAGCCGCGAGAGCAGCGGCGGAGGAGGCAUGAGCGUCCACGGAGGGACGCACUUCGCCGCGGGGGAGUUGGUGACGGGGGGAGGAUGA